AUGGACCAAGUCGUGGACGGCCCAAGUCCCCCUAUACCGGAGCUGAGCUUUCUCUUUGUAAUCAAUGACAUUGCUAUAUCUCGCAGCGAAGAAGAUACAUGGGGCCAGGCGCGUCCGCCCACGGAUAUGCAGUCGUACUCCCGCGAACUCGAAAGCAGUGUGAUGCGAUACAAGAACGGCAAGAUCGAGGAGCUCCCCGCCUACCAGUUCGUGUUCGAACGUGACCCGGACACGGGCAUAGGCGCUAUCUACCAGCUCAACCAGAGGAACUGCGGCAAGCAAAGCGACUGGCCGCACAGGGGUGACCUGAAGCCCAUCCCGACAUACAAGACUUGCACCAUGUUCGCCUGCCACCCCUUCAUGCCAUACGUCAUGGUCCCCAGCGAUGCUACAAUCCAUGAUACGCGCACCGGCCCGCCUAUCGACGACUUCACCUGGCGCCCGCUGAGGUUCCGCUUCCCCCUCAGCAGCCGUGGCAUCAUCACGGGCGUAUCCCAGGCCGUCUUCACCAGUCACGAUGAUACUCACCCCACGUACUCGUAUGUUGCUGGCCGAAAUCCGUCGUGGGUACCUUCCCUUUUGCCGCCCACCUACGUCAAUCCCCUCGUUAAGCGUCCCUCGCGCGGGCUGGGUGGAGACGUUUCCAUCCUGCUCGGCCUUAUGGCCUUCUCGGCGCCCUGUGAGCAGGGCCAGCCCAGGGCCCAUACCACUUUUAUCGACGGAACGCUCCGCUGGGAGAACCACGAAUGGAAGCAUCGAGAUCCACCUAAAGGAGGCGGGUGCUUUCCUCACACCAGUCCAUCUCUUCUUACUCGCCCGCUAAUGGCCCCUUUAGUCCCCUAUUCUGUCGCCGACAUGCCCCGUGGCAUUUUGAUAUGCGUCGCCCUAGAUCCGACUGACCCCUCAUCUACUCCCGAGGCCAUGCGUGUGUUUGAGUCUGAGGGUGUCAUGAUCAUGGAAAAGCAGUAA